UUCAAUUAUUGAGAGAGAGAGAAGAUUCAUAGACAGAGUAAAAUUGCUUUUGUAGGUGUGGAGUAGCCUUUAAAAGUUUUCAUAAAACUAUGGUUUAAGCAAAUUUGGUCUUAUCCUUUCCUUUGAUGCUUCUGUCACUUUAAAACCCUCUUAUACUUUCGAAUUUCCGCUUCAUCCUAUCAUUUGCAAUUGAGGCUUGGGAAUUUGAGGACCCAAAAAAUAUGGCUGAAUUUCUAUGGACUUUUGCUGUUCAGGAAGUUUUGAAGAAGAUUGUGAAAUAUGGAGCAGAGCAAAUUGUUGUGGCAUGGGAGUUGGAGGAUGAGGUGUCCCUGUUGAAAGACAAGUUGCACGAUGCUGAUGCAAUCUUAGAAGACAUCAACAGAAAGAAAUCACACCCUGGUAAUUCUGUGAAGAGAUGGGUGGAAAAACUUGAAGAUAUUGUCCAUGAAGCCGAUGAUCUACUGGAUGAGCUUGUUUAUGAACAUCUUCGACGAACUGUGGAGCAUACUGACAAAUUUAGGAAGGUACGUGAUUCAAUCUCACCAUCCAAAAAUUCUUUUUUGUUUCGUCGCAAGAUGGCCAAGAAAAUCAAGAACAUUACUGAUACUUUAUACAAACAUUAUUGUGCGGCAAGUGCUUUUGGGCUCGUUGGUGUGGAAUCUGUCACAGAAACAGAGCUUGCUCUCAGACAGAUACGAGAGACAACCUCAAUUCUUGACUUCCAAGUUGAAGGAAGGGAAGCUGAAGCUUUGGAGCUCAUUAAAUUGGCGAUCGACUCUGCCAAUGAACAUCAUCUGUCUGUGAUAUCCAUUGUUGGAAUGGGUGGGCUUGGGAAAACGACUUUGGCCAAGAUGAUCUUCAAUCACGACGCCAUUAAAAGACAUUUUGAUCAAACUAUAUGGGUCUGCGUGUCUAAACCAUUUACUGUUACGAAAAUUUUGGAACAAAUUUUUCAAGGUUUAACGAAUAAUUGUAGUGGGUUGGAAUCCAAUAAGGAGGCGUUGCUUGGGAGGCUUCGAAAGGAGAUGCAAGACAAGAAGUAUUUUCUUGUGCUUGAUGAUGUUUGGGAUGAUGAGAAACGCUUGUGGGACGAACUUUGUGGCUGUUUGAAACAUAUCGCUGGAAAACAUGGAAAUAGUAUAAUGGUGACAACAAGAGAUGUAAAAGUGGCAACCAUGGUGGAGCCAAUUUCCAUUCAUCAUCUAACAAAAUUAUCUGAUGAUCAAUGUUGGGCAUUGUUUAAAGAAAGUCAAAUGCAAAUCAGCUACAUGAAUUCAAAGUUGGAAAUUAUGAAAAAGGAGUUGGUUAGAAAGAUGGGUGGUGUACCACUCGUUGCAAAAGUUUUAGGAGGGGCAGUCAAAUUUGAAGAAGAUGAAUUUAAAGAAGGAGAUUAUGAGACCUGGAUGACAAAAGUUGAAAGCAUUGCAGGUAAUAUUUCAAUAGAGGACAAAAAUUUUGUUUUGUCCAUAUUAAAGUUAAGUGUGGAUUCUUUACCAGAUCCUGUGUUGAAACAAUGUUUUGCCUACUGCUCAAAUUUUCCCCAAGAUAAUGACUUUGAGACAGAUAUACUUAUUCACAUGUGGAUAGCACAAGGAUUUAUCCAACCCCAACAAGAAAGAGAGAACUUGCUAAUGGAGGAUAUUGCAGAACAAUACUUGGACUUCUUAUUGUCUCGCUCCUUAUUUCAAGAUGUCAUUAGGGAUAAGAAUAAGAGAAUUGUUGCGUUUAAGAUGCAUGAUCUAAUGCAUGAUAUUGCUUGUGCAAUUUCUAGUCCUCAAAAGAUGGAAUCACAUCCAAAUAAUUUGAGUGGAAAAAGUGCAAGAAAGUUGCGCACGUUGAUUUGCGAUGAUGAAGUGAUUAGUUAUUCGACUCAAGACGACAUUGCUUGUUUACAUGUUUUAAAAGUUAUUUGGGACUCGGUGAGGGAUUUGUGGAUUCCAACGGACAAGUUGAUUCAUUUGAGAUAUCUUGAUAUUUCAGGAGAAUCUAUAGACAAACGUCUUAUUGAAUUUCUUUCUCUUCUUUAUAAUCUACAAACGCUAAAGCUUCGAGAGUUUGGAAGUGGUGUUCUACCGAAGAAUUUGAGAAAAUUGGUUAAUUUAAGACAUUUUGAAUUUCGAAUAAUUUAUGACGAUGUUACAGAAAUGCCUUCAAAUAUGGGCAACUUGAUUCAUCUUCAAACAUUGUCUGAGUUUGUAGUUGGGUUCAAGAAGGGUUGUAAAAUAGAAGAGCUUGGACCACUGAAAAACCUAAAAGGUAAACUAACUCUUACAGAUCUCUGGAGAGUGCAAAAUAAAGAUGAAGCUAUGGCUGCAAAAUUGGUGGAAAAGAAGAACUUACGUCAUCUAGUCCUAAACUUUUACGGAAUGUUUCAUAGAACAGGAGAAGAUUAUGAAAAGAAUACGGAUCAAGUGUUGGAAGGACUUCAACCACACAAAAAUCUACAAUCAUUGAAAAUCUGUGGUUUUGAAGGGAAAUUUUGGCCUACUAGUAUUUUUGUUGAAAAUUUAAUAAAGAUACAUUUGAGUGAUUGUACAAGCUGUGAAGUGCUUCCCAUGCUUGGACAGUUGUGCAAUUUAAAGAAACUUAAGAUUUUUGACAUGAAUAGGGUGAGAAGUAUAGGGAAUGAGUUCUAUGGAGUUGACUCCAACCACCGAAAUUCUUUUGCUUUUCCACAGUUAAAGUAACUUCGUAUCUAUAAGAUGAUGAAUCUAGAGCAAUGGGAUGAUGCAACGGUGGUUCUUGCGUCAAAUCUCUUUGGAUGUCUAAAAGAAGUUACGAUUAUGAGUUGUUGUACAUUGGCAAAAUUGCCAAGUGGGUUAGAAGGUUGCCAUUCCCUUGAAUAUUUGAUCAUCGAUGAUUGUUUUAGUUUGAUGCUAAAUGUGCAAAACAUGCACAACUUAUAUCAUUUAGAAAUUUGUGGGUUGGAAAGAUUGCCAGAGGGAUUAGGUGAGCUCACUCGCUUGAAAAAGUUGAUAAUUGAAGGAUGGAUGCAAAAUUAUGAGUUUAGUUCCUUCAUACACUUGGCUUCUCAGCUUGUUGAACUUCAUUUGAAUGAUUAUGGAUCACCUGAUCAUAAUGCAACAACCCAACUUCCUCAACAACUUCAGCACCUCACUAACUUGCAAGUAUUAAGUAUUUCAGGUUUUAGUCACAUUGAAGCUCUGCCAGAAUGGUUUGGAAACCUUACCUCUUUGAAAAAAUUGACAUGCGUCUCUUGCGUUGAUUUGAAAGAAUUACCUUCGAGGGAGGCCAUAUUACGCCUAACCAAAUUAGAGAAUUUGAUAUUUAGAAGAUGUCCAAAACUACUAGUUGGUGAAGGUGACCAGGAGGGGGCUAAACUUUCUCAUCUUCCAACAAAUUGUGUUAGAAGGCUCGUUUACAUAAGACAACAUUGGUUAAUGGUUGCGGCUGACAUAAGGCAUUGCAAGAUCUAUGUAUUCGACUCUAUGCCGAACUACACCGAGCAAAAGACUUUAUAUAAAGAACUAAACGAUCAUGUAUAAAUAACUAAAAGAUCGUUUAUAAGUAUCUAAACGAUCGUAUGGAACAUAUUAAACGAUAAUGUUAAAGAACUAAACAAUUGUUUGUACUUUAUUACACUAUGUAUAUUGUAUAAAGAACUAUUUGAUAUUUUCGACUUUA